UUUCGUAUUUAUACAUUUUAUCUUUUUUUUUUCCCACAAAGCUAAAGAAGAAGAAACACAAUUUUUGGGUACUAACACAUUGUUCUACAUACAUCUCUUUAGAUUCAUAUAUACGUGUAUAUGUGUUAAUCGUGUGUGUUUUGAUGUUAGUUAUCCAAAGUUAGCGGGAAAAUGGCGGGAAACGGAAACGAGAAUACAAGUGGAGACUUCAGUUUCUCGGCUGCGGCGGCGCGUGAUGCGCUUCCGAGGAUCACGACUGAGAAGGGAGCCAAAGCUCCGACGCCGAGAGAGGUGUGCCAGGACGACACCGCACCGAGGGUCAACUUUCAGACCAUCGACGAGCUUCAUAGUCUCCAGAAGAAACGAUCUGCCCCGACCACUCCUCUUACAAAUGCGAAUGCCAACGGACUCACCGGAACAAGCGGACCGACCACUCCUGUCUCCGGCGAGAGCAUGCUUCAAUCUGUCAGUGCAUCGUUGGCUUCGUUGACGAGAGAGACAGGACCGAAGCUGAUUAGAGGAGAUCCGGCGACUGCGGCGAAAGUGGCACACGUGCCACAUACUCCUACGUCAGUUCCGGCUGCUGACGUCAGCGACAGCGGCUUGAAGUUCACCCACGUCCUUCACAACCUCUCCCCUGCCGAGCUGUACGAGCAGGCUAUCAAAUAUGAAAAAGGAUCCUUUGUGACAUCUACCGGUGCGUUGGCUACGUUAUCGGGAGCCAAAACCGGUCGUUCUCCUAAAGACAAGCGUGUGGUUAAGGAUGAGACCACUGCGGCCGAGCUCUGGUGGGGAAAAGGAUCACCAAACAUCGAAAUGGAUGAACAAACUUUUUUGGUGAACCGAGAGAGAGCUGUUGACUACUUAAACUCUUUGGACAAGGUGUUUGUGAAUGACCAAUUCCUAAAUUGGGACCCUGAGAACAGACUCAAAGUGAGAAUUGUUUCAGCAAGAGCUUACCAUUCACUUUUCAUGCACAACAUGUGUAUCCGUCCAACACCUGAGGAGCUAGAGAAUUUCGGGACACCCGAUUUCACGAUUUACAACGCGGGGAAAUUCCCGUGUAACCGUUUCACUCAUUACAUGACAUCUUCGACGAGUGUGGACAUCAACCUAGCAAGAAGAGAGAUGGUGAUUCUAGGCACACAAUAUGCUGGAGAGAUGAAGAAAGGACUCUUUGGUGUGAUGCAUUAUUUGAUGCCUAAGAGAAAGAUUUUGUCACUUCACUCUGGUUGUAACAUGGGCAAAGAUGGAGAUGUUGCUCUCUUUUUCGGACUCUCUGGGACCGGAAAGACUACAUUGUCCACUGAUCAUAACCGGUAUUUAAUCGGAGAUGAUGAGCAUUGUUGGAGUGAGACCGGAGUUUCAAAUAUCGAAGGUGGUUGUUACGCGAAAUGCAUUGAUUUGGCGAGGGAGAAAGAGCCUGAUAUCUGGAAUGCUAUCAAGUUUGGAACCGUUUUGGAGAAUGUUGUGUUUGAUGAGCAUACACGAGAAGUGGACUACAGUGACAAAUCAGUGACAGAGAACACACGUGCGGCUUAUCCAAUAGAGUACAUCCCGAACUCGAAGAUACCGUGCGUAGGGCCACACCCGAAGAACGUGAUCCUAUUGGCUUGUGACGCCUUCGGUGUGUUGCCGCCAAUUAGCAAGCUCAAUCUCGCUCAGACUAUGUACCAUUUCAUCAGUGGCUACACUGCUCUCGUUGCGGGAACAGAGGAAGGAGUUAAAGAGCCUAGAGCUACUUUCUCAGCUUGUUUUGGUGCUGCUUUCAUUAUGCUUCACCCGACCAAGUACGCUGCUAUGCUAGCCGAGAAAAUGCAGGCCCAAGGAGCCACCGGUUGGCUUGUUAACACCGGCUGGUCCGGUGGAAGCUAUGGAUCUGGAAGCCGAAUCAAGUUGGCGUAUACACGAAAGAUCAUUGAUGCUAUACAUUCGGGUAGUCUCUUGAAAGCAACUUACCGGAAAACAGAUAUCUUUGGUUUGGAAAUUCCAGAUGAAGUUGAAGGAGUUCCUUCUGAAAUUCUGGAACCUAUCAAUGCAUGGAAAGACAAAGAUGCAUAUCAGGACACAUUGUUGAAACUGGCUGGCUUGUUUAAAAACAAUUUUGAGACAUUCACAAGUCAUAAGAUUGGUGAUGAUGGAAACUUGACUGAAGAGAUUCUUGCAGCUGGUCCUAACUUCUAAGUGAUGAUGAUGAUGAUGAAUACAAACAAACCUUUGUUUCAAAAUAAGACAACUUCAUAUA